CUGCUCGCUGCGGGUGGGUUUUUCGCGCGUCCACUGUUAGUGGCUUGUGCGCGGGGCGGCGGGGCGAGGGGCAGACGGCUGGGGAGCGCGCCCGGGCCCUGGAACGUAUCCUCGGUAGCCUUGGUCUCUCUCCAUGCUCCGGCCCCCGCCGCGCCAGUGACGGCGCCCGGGCUGGUGCGCGGCGCGCCCCGGGGGUCGUAGUGCAGCCGCGCCUGGCUCCCGGAGUGACGAGGGCGCGGGGCGUCAAUGGAUCGCCACUCCAGCUACAUCUUCAUCUGGCUGCAGCUGGAGCUCUGCGCCAUGGCUGUGCUGCUCACCAAAGGAGAGAUCCGAUGCUACUGUGAUGCCGCUCACUGUGUGGCCACCGGUUACAUGUGUAAGUCUGAGCUAAGUGCCUGCUUCUCCCGACUUCUCGAUCCUCAGAACACCAACUCCCCACUCACCCAUGGCUGCCUGGACUCACUUGCAAACACAGCAGACAUCUGCCGAGCCAAGCAGCCCCAAAACCACUCCGGCCCGGCCACGCCCACUUUGGAAUGCUGUCACGAAGACAUGUGCAAUUACCGAGGCCUGCAUGAUGUCCUCUCUCCUCCUAAGAGUGAAGCCUCAGGACAAGGAAAUCGGCAUCAGCACGACAGUAGCAGAAACCUCAUCACCAAGGUCCAAGAGCUGACUUCCUCCAAAGAACUGUGGUUCCGCGCAGCUGUGAUAGCGGUUCCCAUCGCCGGUGGGCUGAUCUUAGUGCUGCUCAUUACGUCGGCCCUGCGCAUGCUCCGGAGUGAGAACAAGAGACUGCAGGAUCAGCGGCAGCAGAUGCUCUCUCGUUUGCACUACAGCUUUCACGGGCACCAUUCCAAGAAGGGGCAGGUUGCAAAGUUGGACUUGGAGUGCAUGGUGCCCGUCAGUGGGCAGGAGAACUGCUGUCUGACCUGUGACAAGAUGAGGCAAGCGGAGCUCAGCAAUGAGAAGAUUCUCUCCCUCGUGCACUGGGGCAUGUAUAGCGGUCACGGGAAGCUGGAGUUCGUAUGACAGCGUCGGGUCCGAACCCUUGAAGGCCUUCUGAGUUCUGCUGACAGGAGCACUUUUAUCUGGAGACAAACUUAACUCACUCUGUCAUCUUGGAGAAGCAAACAUGACCUCUGCAAAGAGGAUCCUGGGUAUUUCUUCUGAAGGAUUAUUUGCACAGACUCAAAUACAGUCCAAUGGAUUAAUUUGCUUUAAAAUUAUAAAAAGCAAAGAGAGGACUCUGCACACACUUUCCCAGGGUUCUUUGUAGCCUAGGGAGCCGCGACUGACUGAAAUAAACAGUGUGCUCUCUGUAAGCUCCUACAUCUUCAUUUAUUGUAAAGAUUUUCUAAAAUAUAUAUAUAUAUAUUUUUGUCCGAAUAUUUAGUGGUGUCUUUCAUAAAUUAGAAACUUAGAUUGGAGUGUGGAGAGGCUGAUGGUGGUGUAGUGCCACGGUAGAAGGCUUGUCUGGUGUGUAUGAGGCCCUGGCUUUGAUUUCCUCCAGCACUGCAGAAAGCCAGCCAACCAAUCAGCAAAACCUUUGCCUUGAAAGUGUAAGAGAGUACAUGUUAAUUAUGAAUGAAGACCUGUGUACUUGUGCUUCUUAAAUGGAGGUUUAGGCUUGGCUUUGAUCUUGCCCAUGCUCACACAAACCUGUAAUUAAUUGUCUUCGUGUAACGACCAUGGUCUGGUGUUCAUCUACAUCGUUUUCCAGAAUGAUCCUGGCUGUGGUUUUUAUCUGAGAAUUUCUCUUGUUUGUGCUAAAGGUUGCCUCUGUCCCCAUGUGUGUUAAGCACACAUUCUACCACUGAGCCUCAUGCCGAGCCCUAAGAAUUCUUCCCUUACUUGUGCCAGACCAGGUAGGACCUGAGUUUCUGAAGUUGCCAUAACAAAAGGAAUGUUUUCUCAGCCACGUCUACUUUCCCUGCAAGGACUUCAACUGUUCACCUCCCCCUCGAUUGAAGAGUGUCUUUAGUAAACCUAACCGCUGUCUACUUUGACAGUUUAUUUUGUCUCAAACCAAAUUAAAUAUUUUGUCUCCUAAAUUAGCCAAACUAUUAUGCAAUGCUCCUGGUCUUUAAACAUGAUUAUUCUUAACAGUAUCUG